UCCCCAGGCUGCGGUAGAACGGGUUGCUAGGCUGACGUCAUCGCUUCCGCUCUGCUCCUGCUCCUCCCGUGUCUGUGGCGCUGCUCAGAGAAUCCAACAUGGAGUAACAGGAGAUGGGGCUCGGACGGGGCCACCGCCAGCACCAGCACCAGCAGCACCGCACACUCACAAUCACGGGCGUUUUGUAAGAAAAUUCACACUCCAGCACGGCAGGAUUUACACGGUACACAGACACGCAUUUCCAAAAAAGCAAGAAGAGAACCGGCAAAAUGUGAAAAAGGUUGAAAAAAAUGAGGAAAGCUCAGUCUGUACCCGCUGUGGGAUAUUAUUAUAGGUGAAAAGAAAAAAAAAAUGACCGAAGACACACACCCAGACGAUGACAGCUACAUUGUGCGUGUCAAAGCAGUGGUUAUGACCCGAGAUGACUCUAGUGGAGGAUGGCUUGCACAAGAAGGAGGUGGUCUAAGCAGAGUUGGUGUCUGUAAGGUCCUUCACUCAGAGGCACUCAAUGGGAAAAGUGACUUUCUAAUCCAUGGCGAACGACUAAAAGACAAACAGGUGGUUCUUGAAUGCUUCCUGAAGAAAGAUUUGAUAUACACGAAGGCAACACCUACGUUUCAUCACUGGAACAUCGACAACAGGAGAUUUGGGCUGACGUUUCAGAGUCCUGCAGAUGCUCGUGCAUUUGACAGAGGUGUGAGGAAAGCAAUUGAAGACCUGACAGAAGGAUCUACGACUUCCUCUUCGACAGUCCAGAAUGAGGCGGAGGUCGGUGAUGAUGAUGUGUUUACAACUGCUACGGAUAGUUCAUCAAACUCUUCCCAGAAGAAGGAGCUGUCUAUGCAGACACUGGCCUCCCCUACCUUCUGUGAACCCCGUAGACAUCGCUGCAUCUUGGGCCAUUUACACGACCAUUACAGUCCGCAUGACCACUACCUUCUAGAUCUGUCGGUGCCUAAGCGUCAUGUCAGUUUUCAAGACGAUGAGGAGGAAAUUGUUCGGAUCAAUCCUCGAGAGAAGACCUGGCUUACGGGGUACGAGGACUACAGACACGCAGCGGUGCGUGAAAAAUGUAUCGAGACCGAGGACAUGGACUCGUACGUGCAUUUUGCCAAAAGUGAGGCCUCAAAACAUGACUACAAUUAUCCUUACGUCCCAAACCCAGACUUUGGACUGAGCAAAGACCUAAAGGGCAGCAGCGGUGUGAUAAACACUCAGCCUCCCUCUCUGAAAUCCAAAUCGAGACGGCGGAAGGAGGAUGGAGAGAGGUCAAGGUGCAAGUACUGCAGGGACAUGUUUAACCAUGAGGAGAAUGGGCACGGACAGUGCCAAGACGCCCCGGACCCCAUUCGUACCUGCAUCCACAAAGUCAGCUGCAUGGGGUGCGCAGACAGUUUGCUUUACCACUGCAUGUCUGACCCUGAAGGCGAUUACUCAGACCCUUGUUCUUGUGAUACCAGCGAUGACCGGUUCUGUCUCCGGUGGUUGGCACUUGUUGCUUUGUCCUUCUUGGCUCCCUGUAUGUGCUGUUAUCUGCCACUGCGUGCAUGCUACAAGUGUGGUGUCGCAUGCAGGUGCUGUGGCGGGAGGCAUAAAGCAUUAGGAUGAUUGUUUUGUUAUUUUCUUUCUAAAUUCCAGUUAUAAAUAAGUUGCAGCACAUUAGCUUGGAUGAGAGCAUAUAGAUGCAGGUAACUAUCCAGCCUCGCCCUCUGGUAAAAGAAAUUCCUAGCGAUAUAUGUGCCACAAUGCAUUUAUCCUUUGUCAUGCAUUUUAAAGGACUAACCAAUGAUAACUCAUUUUUGUAAAAAUGUAACGGGGGGGGGGGGGGGGAAGAAUGUAUUGUACUUUAUAUUUUGUACAUGUAUUUGUUGUGUGUGUGGUUGUUGGGAGAAUACUUUGAAAGUUUUUUUUUAUUAUUUUUUAGGGUUUUUUUUGCUUUUUGCCAAAGCUUGCCAAGCGAAGGCCCUUUUUGUCUUCUCUUUUUGUAAGUAAAGGCACUUAAAUUUAACUGGCGCAUAUAUAAUAUAAUAUAAUAUAUACAUACAUACAUACAUACAUACACAUACACACACUUUUAAUUCACCUGAGACAAUUAACCGUUCGGUCGAUUUGUACGCACGUAUUUGUGUGUCUUGAAAAGAAAUUCGGAUUAGUAACAAUUUCACAACCUAUUAUUGUUACUUUUAAUUGAAGCCAAAAUAACCAAAGUUCAGUAUAACAUCCUCUUGACACUUACCCUUUAAUUUCCUGCAGUAAGGUGUAAAAGAAAAGCCUUAUUAGUAGUAAUAUUUAACAUGUAAAGGUGUAGACAGUUUCACUUAUUUCACUGAAUUGAAACACCAGCCAAAAGGGAAUUUUUAAAAAAGCACAGUAGUAAAGAUGACAAGAAGUAAAAUGAUUUACGUUUUCACCAUCCCACUAUUUAAAAACACAAAAAUAAUUUUUAAAAAAUUUUAAUCUCCUAUUUUAAGUUCAUAGCACACACACAGUUAUCAUUUACAACAACAUAGUCAGUGCACGAUUCCAAAUAUGAAAAUAUUAUGCUUUAAAAAAAAUGCCAGGAAGUUAUAUUGACAAUUAACCCAACCUUAAAGGGUUAUGAAGCACUGUUCCUUUGUCAUUCUUAAAUAAAUAGAGAGGUGAACUAAUGAAGGGUGCUCAGUUGUUAGUAAUUGCCAAACUAUCUUUUAACAAUUACUUUCUAUAAAAUAGUCUACACAGUUACUGAAGACUUGGAAGUCUUUAAAACUAUACUGAAAAGAUUGAGUGUUCUGGUUUUGUUUCUCAUUGGUGAUUAUUUUAAUAUUGUUGGCACUGGAUAUAUAAUUGCUUUCAAUUGUUGGGUGAGUUUUCACAGAUUAUUUUAAAUCCUUAAGGGAGACCUAAAAAUGUGUAUUUUACCCGUGUUCAAAACUUGUAAUUUAGCUUGAAGAGUAUUUUUCUAAUAUAUUUCAAGGAAUAUCCAAAUAAUUUUGUAAUAAAAAAUAACAACAAUGCUAGCAAUUAUAGCUAAUAGCAUAGUACAAUCUGAAUUUGAGGCAGCUAGGAAUGGUCUGUCAAAGCUGGUGGGCGGCUUUAGCCAGAUUUGCUUCCUGCAGUAAAUAUUUUGCUGAUGGCAACGCAUCCUACCCUACUGUGCAUUAACAAAGGUUUUAGAAAUGCUUGCCGGAUUUUUUGGUAACCCAGCUUUUGUUUUGUAUUCACAAUGCAGCUACAAGGUUUAUGUAACACUUAUGUUAUCUUUGUAAUCCUAUUUUGUAGCAUUGCUGCUUUUGGUGUUAAAGUUUGAAUAUUGGAUAAAAAAAAAAUUAAAAAAUGGGAUGGAAUUACUGUAUAGUAGCUAAUUUGCCUGAUCACAGUGAUAAAUCUAGGUUUAACAGAUAAGCCAGCCUCAAAUUAAUCCUACCCUUUAAACAAUACCUAAAUAUAAUACUUUAUAUGAUGGAUGUAAGCACAACACUAAAACGAGACCUUAUACGUAUUUGAGCAAGUCAUAAAGUGCCCGAAAUGUAUUGUAAAUCAUAUGUUUUUAGUAUGCACUUAAGGACUUUAUGUCCUAGUGUAAUUUAAUUGGCAUUGAAAGUUCUUGCCGCUAUGCUCAUUUUGAUAAUUUAAAUAAUUACGGAAAUGUAUGGUGAUAAAUUUGUAUAUAACCAUUCUUGUUAUACAUGUUCCACUUUUUAGAAUUCAGUGUGUAGUGUUCCACCCUGUCAGCUUUGCAACACUGGCAUCAGUCAUUGGUAGAGAAUUUACAUUUUAUUUUUGUAUCUGUGGUAAGGAAAGUAACCAAAACCUUUCAUUUAUUUGAUGCACAGUCUUCAGCAAAUGCACACAUUUAACGGUUUAAAAAAAAAAAAAAAAAGUGCCUGAAGCAUACAUCUACUCUCUCCUUAUGUACUAAAAAAAUAAACACUGUUGUAUUGA